AUGAUACACUCGGCCUUUAUCUGUCCGUCAACACAAGCGGCGUACCCCGCUCCGAUCCACCGUCGACUCGGGCAUCCCUCUCGAGCCUUCGUGAACACCGCGAUCACGGUUGCGCCUACCGAAAUCGGCGAGGAACUCGACACGUUUGAAGUUUCGGACGCAUGGCUCAACGUCGACGUUGCCUUCUUCGACACUCCCUCCGCCGACAAGAUGAAACCCAAUUCCAUGGCCAAAUCCCAGUUCCCUGCUCACGAGCACUUCUCUUCCUCCUCCAAUUUGGACACGGACGAAAAGGUCGACUUCGCAGCGUCGUGCGCUGCACGUCAAGCGGCCAUUGACACACCCUCGUCCCCACGCUCCCAGCCUCCGAAUGCGGCCAAAUGCCCGCAUCAUACCACUCGAACUCACAAUGCUUAA